AUGCAUCUUUUUCUGCGUUUCUGGAUGUGGUGGUUCCUAUCUCCGGAUGAUGGACACGGAUACUGCAUCACAGGUCUGGAAGGUCAGCAUGUCGAUGCGGUGCUUGCGGACAGCUCAUGCUCUCACUCUGAGGGCAUGGCUGUUGCGCAGCUGAGGUCGCGGCUUCCAAGCCACCCUCGUUGCUUUCUUAUUUUCAACUCUUCCUCGGGACGCUCCGCUUCCAUGGGUGAGCACUCCCCAUGCCAAUGCUGCCCCUCCGCAAUCAUAGUAGCUUAUGUGGACAGUCAGACUCGACUAUGCAUUUCAAUUUGCUGUCGGCCUCCCGAGAUCACGGGUGUGUAUUUAAGCAGUCAUCGCCAUGCCACCCCUGUCUCGCGCGACAAGAUUGUUAUCCUCCUGGCGAAGGAUACAAUUGAGCUGGUCCUUCCAGUCAAGAUGGAGAGCGGGUUUACGCCCUCCACUUCUUCUUACCCAGAGAGAGAAACGCAUUCCCCAGUGCAUCCAUCUGUGGGAUUGGUUGCAGCUAUAGACCUGGACGCCCACUCCAUGUCUUGCUCUCUCCCUCCUUAUAAUGCGUUUUCUGGUGUGCGACAGGGGCCAAGCAUGGUAGUACCGGGUCCUCCCUUUCGGGCUCUUCCUGUUUCCAUGCCUGGAGGAUGCCCUGUGCCUCUUCGGGACACUCCAGGUGUCCAUCACCAUGCUGUGUCACAGCACCUUCAGUCCCUGGAUGGACCUUGCCUUCUACAGGCCUGGGUGCCUUUAGAACAAGUGUCCAGUCAUGCUGUCAUUCUGACAGAUGCUUCCAGUUCAAGUCUCUCUUUGUGGUUGUUUUCAACUUAUAUUAAAGGAAAAACACAAUUCCCAGAAUUUAGUUAUACGACAACUUUGGAUGACAUCACAGUUGGAUACUAUAAUUCAGAGACUUAUAUUCCAAGAGGAAAUACAACAAAUGAGGAUGACGUGAUUCAUUCAGAUUACAUCAUUAGUAUAAGUAACUACAUGCAUGAAUCCUUUUUGAGAAGAUCGCGACUGCUGGGGCAAGACAGCAAAAAUGACAGUCUUGAUGUUUAUCAGACACUAGUAGUCUGUGUGCUGCUGGACUUUCACACUUCUGGAAAAAUGAUUACUAAAGAUGCUGCAAGAGGCUGCACCACAGAUGAGUUGUGCUACUUUAACAACACGUUUUCUUAUACUGUGACUGCAACUAUUGGACAAGAUCAGCUGAAACCCCACCUUGAAGAAUUCAAGAAGAAAUUUGAACAGUUCUUUUACCCAGUGUGUAUAGAUACUCUAAAGAAUUACCUAAAAAAGAGAGAAAAAGAAGUAAAUAGAAAAGUGAAACCACAAGUCAGACUCAUCCAGAAAGCUUCAGAUUCUGGAGGUGUUCGAGUGAGUUGUUUGGCGACAGGAUUUUACCCUCGUCACAUCAACCUGACCCUGUUGAGAGAUGGACAGCCUGUAUCUGAUCAUGAGGUCACUGGAGGAGAUCUGCUGCCCAAUGGAGAUGGGACGUACCAGAUGAGGAAGAGUCUGGAGAUUAGUGCAGAGGAGAGAGAAGAACACAAAUACACCUGCUCAGCAAAACACAUGGGCGAAGAAUAUCACAAUGAUUUGGCUGAACCUCACCAACACCACAUGUGGAUUGCUAUUGCUGUUGCUGUGCUGUUGGUAUGUGCUGUAAUUGUUGGUUUGGCAAUAAGCAAUUGGAAAAGAGGCCAGAAGUACAGAACAGCAGUACAGACAGAAAGUGUGUUUGCAAUUCAGUUUAAUACAGGCAUCUUCGUCUUGUAG